UUUCAAGUUAGAGUUCGUCUCAAAUGUUUAAACUGGGUACUUGGCGAACAAAGCGUUCAGCCAUGUUCCACAAAUGAAUGUUUUGUUUCAUGCAAAUCUGCUGAGUGGUCUUUAUCGAAGCAAGAGUAAAAAUCAAGCCUGCUAUAAUUUCUUUAUCUGUUACCAUUGACUGCGUGUAAAACAGUGAGCAGAGUCCAGGUAAAGACUACCGACCGAGGGUGUCAGAGUCUCUGAGGGAGGCGUUAAAAAGUCUGAUAAACCCUGUAUUUUCAGAAUUUCAGCAUAGUGCAUGUUUAAUUCAUGUAUUUUACAACAUUUGCAUGCAUUUUUUUAUUUUUUAUUUUUGUGUUUGAAGGCUAUGACAUGUCAAAACUAAAAAAAAUUUCGCUCAAAUUUAAAUUCAUGUAUGAUGUGAAAAACAAAUAAACAAAAAAACAACAACAUCCAAUUGCUGAGUAAGAGACAGCAGUGGUAAGAGUGCUGAUAUAUUCUACUGUGGUAAACGUAUAAUUGCAUGAAUGACACUUUACUGUAGUGAAAGUAACGCUACAUACCACAGAUCUGCUCUUGUCAGUUAAAAGAUAUCUAGUUUGAAAUCUAUCAUACUGUAAGUAUAAUCAAAGGCUGACAUCUUGUGGCCCUCUAUGGAAGUUCAACUGUAAUACCUGACCUCACCUACGGGCGGCAGUGUGUUCUUAAACAGCAGUUUUUUCCCCGGUACCUUCCUCUCUUGACUCGGUUCUUCUUGUUUCCUGCCGGAGCUGUGUCUCUUUCUCUUCCGGUUGUCGUCUGUUCGUGUGGCAGGUACAUCCUAAACCCGUUCGGGUGGACUUUUAAAAUCUAAAUCAAUCUUUGUGUGUUUUACAUGUUCACACCAAAAUAAGAACUUAUUUAGAUUAAUCACUGUACAUACUAUAAUCCCACAGCAGUAUGUUAUAAAUAUGAUGUUUAUAAAAGGGUGAAAAUGACAUUUGAAAAGCGGGAGCGCUGCCUGGAGCAAAACUAGAGCUCGGCAUUAAAUAACGAGUAGAAGUUUGUCAUUAAUAAAGGCGUGAUUAUUGAGUUGAAAUGUGUGUCUUUGUAGUCCAUGUAUGCACUUUAACGUGAACAUUUGUGUAGUUUAGUUUAAUUGUGUGUUUACAUCUUUAGUUUUUAGCAGGGUUAGCCACCAGCUAACAAACCAAAGGGAUUCAGGUUGAAGUGUUGCUCAUGAUGUCUCCGCUCUCUCUCUCUCUCUCUCUCUCUCCUUUUUUCAGAUAAACUAGUGUCGAAAUGGCAAAGUCCAAGAACCACACCACCCACAACCAAUGUGAGUAUGACUGCUUUAUGCUGUACUAACUGGAAUUGUCAGUUAUUUGUCCAUAUCUUUAGAUAGUUGUAAAUGUUUGUAUAGUUUGACAAUGGUGAGGUUGUUUGGUGUUGGACUAAUAAAGGCUCUAUGGUAACUCUUUUUGUCCUCCACAGCUCGUAAAGCCCACAGGAAUGGCAUCAAGAAGCCCAGAUCCAACCGCUACGAGUCAUUGAAGGGGGUAGGUAUCAGUCUGUCUGGAGAGAUUUGUUACACCUGGAAACAGUAAAAGCAUGUGCAUGGGUUGCCCCUUCACAAGUGAGCAUCAGUGACAGUUUUUAGAAAUUUACAGGACAGUGUGAUUCUGAAACUGUCCAAAGUUUUAUUCUGCAGAAAAAAUUCCUGUUAGACAGCAGGGUCAGUCUCAGUGGGCAAGAUGUGAUGCAAACUUGAAGGCAUAUUCUGACAUAAAAUUAAUUUAGGGUCAAACACACCAUAACAUAGAGUUAGACACCACCUCUUCAUGGAAAUGCAAUCAGAUCUCGAUGCUAAGGCAGAAGGACUGCUGUGUCUGCAGUGCAAAAUGAUUAAUAUGAUACUUCAAAGAAAUGAUAAAGAAAUGAUCAUAAAUGUUCUUCCUUGAGCUGAGUCACCCCGCAGCAGUCCAUAAUGGACUAGCCCAAAGUCUCGCUAUGAACUAGUGGCUGCUGGAAGUGAUUAGGUGAGUUGUGUUUAGUCUCUUAGCAAAAGAAACUAAAGCUGUUUGGUGGCUAGUACUAUGACUAGGACCCUAUAUGUACUGUUGAUGAAGUUAGGUGCUGCUCUAAUCAUUAUUUGUGGCUAUAGAGUGGCGUUUUGGUUGAGGUUUGUUUAUGGCUCUUCAGACCGCUGUGUAUUGCUAUCCUGCAGUUGUUACUAAAGUUGGUAUAACUAGAGUAGCAAGCGGGCGGCAACAUUCAUCUCUCGAGGGGGUGUGUCUAACUCUGUGUUACGGUGUGUUUGACCCAAACUUUAUUUUAUGUUGGAAUUUCCCUUUUCCCAGUUUUAAAAGAUAUCCAGGGUGGUAGGCAAAGUAACCAAAUCUGACAUUGCAGCAGUAUUUUCUUGUAUAUUGUCACUGUUGAGAGCCUGCAGCGGUCCAAUCAAUUGUGCAGUGGGUGCAGGAUACAAAAGCAUUAUCCCUUACCAACUCAUGUGCAGUGAGUUUUUCUCUGUUUUACCUGCUGGGUGCACACCUGUUGUUCUCGCUUUGUCUCAAUGUAGGAAUUUUUCCAAUUGUGUAAACACAUGCAACAGUUUCGUGAAUGCAUGAAAAGGUUGAUACUCUGAGGAAUUAAAAAUACUUGACACACAUGCAUUGUUCUGGUGACAAUUUCCCACCAUUUUCUGGGCGGGUGGGAUGUGUAUAUGUGUAUUAUUUCAAACCAACUUUAGGUGGACUCUUUGAUCGCCAUUUUGUAGUCCAUAAAGCCACCUUGAUUCCAUUGAAAGUUGGGGUACGCUGAAGUGUGAAAAUAGCAGGUAAUGUCCUGGACUGGAGUAUCCAUUCUUGGCAGGUUUAGGAUGUUGUUCAUGAUGAGUCAAGUCUGACGGGUUAAUUUUCUUGAUCAUCUCUUUUUUCUAAACUUUUCACACUGCUUUAUAGAGUGUACUUGACAUACAAUCUCUUGCUGAAUGCAAAUAUGUAAACUGAAUUCAGGAAAAUAUCAGGCCUGAAUGAUUAAUUGUCAAAAAGAACUGUUGGAAGUUUAUGUGUGAAAGGGGCUGAAGUGUUAGGUUCCUCUUUUGGGAAAUUUCAUGGGAGUACACACUGAAGAUAUUCGGCUUUUUAUUCAUUUUAUUUCAGGUGCGAUUCUAAGAGUUUCUUCUUCGUUGCGCAGCUGUUGAUGUUUAUUGCCCCACUUGAUGGUAGAUCAAGACACGGACUUCACUAAGCUUUUGUAAAUUGUGCAGAAAGGUGUAAAGAGGGAAAGGGUUCCUCUGUGUUUGUGUGUAUAUGUGGUGCAGAACUCUUGUGGAAAGCCUUGUCUGGAGAACAAUGCAAGUUGUGUUGGCUGUGACUUUAAAGUUUAGAAAUCCUAAUGGAUGUUCAAACAGCUUUUUGCUCAAACUAUCAUCACCAGAUUUAUACGAACAUAAAAGAACUAGUUUUGAACAGAAAGGAAAAAUAACUGGUGAAAGGUGUCGGAACUGGAGUUGAAGCAGUGGUGGUGUUAAUGGUCCACUUCUUUUGAGCGGUUUGUGAUUUUUGAUCAUUUUGUUUGCUGAGAAUAGACUGUUGUUACUUCUGUCCCACCUGCUCACUUUUCUUAUAUUAUUCUGUCUUUCAGGUGGAUCCUAAGUUCCUGAGGAAUAUGCGCUUUGCUAAGAAGCACAACAGCAAGGGCUUGAAGGCAGCGAGGAAGGCCGCAGCAGCAGCAGCGGCGGCAGCAGCACCACCAGCAGUUGAAACAAAAUAAGCUGCAAACCUUUCUCCCCUAAAUCUGCCUGUGUUCCCCUUUUCCACCAUCACAAUAAAGCUAUGCUUUGUUGACAAACCAACAUGUGCUUCUCCACUUCUCAUUGAAAGUCUUUUUGUAAAAUCUGCUCUGAAUCACUGUUCAAUGAUGGAAGACCCUUCAGACAAAAAUGAUGAACAGGUUCUCAUUUAAAAAGUGAUCUAGAAAAACAGAAAUGUCCUGUAGUUAACGUGGUGAGUUUUCUUUCAAAUGAAGUAUGUACAAACAAGAUAAAAAAAAAAAAAGGUCAGACAGGCAAAAAAAAGCUUUUAUAGGUAGUUGUGUAAUUUGCUUGUUUACUAUUUUUCAGUGGAAAAAAUCUCUGUUAUUAAGGCUACUUUUGCAUUUGAAAUAAAAAACUAAAACUUCCUUCACAUAGUUAAAAAUCAUAGUGUUUGCCUGUCUAAUGUACAUUUAAAGGUAAUAAAAAAAAAAAAAGAUAUACCUUUAUUAGGCCCACGGGGGAAAUGCCAAAAUUACAGCAGCAUAAAUACAGAUACAAAAAGAGAUAUUAAAGGAUAAAGAAACCAAGAGUUAAAGAUAA